GGAGCAGCGGUGAGAGAGGCGGACACGGAGCGGUGUCUGCGGUUGCUCCAUUAUCUAUCUUUACCGUCUCCAUAAUCUUGCUUGCAUUCGGCCCAGGGUGCUGACGGACGGACGCGGAGCGGGAGCUGGCGGUGCAGCCCGUGUGUGUGUGAGGGAGCAGAGACAGUGACAGAGGCAGCGGGGCCGGGGCCUGGGGUCGACUGAAGUGCGGCCGUCGACAGCACCCCCCCACCCCUGGGAGAGCCGCAUCCGACCUUGGGGAAGAGAGACUGGUACAAUAAGAACAGAAGCGACGGCAGGAAAAAUGGCACAAGAUGGUAUAUAUCAUUACAGAUUGCCAGCUGUCAGAUUCAUCCCCCUUAUUAAUAUUAUUCUGUUUGUGGAUGGCAUAUCUACCAUUGUACUCUGGAUUUUAGGUGGCCGCUCUCACUAUUUGGAAAAUGAUGUGAUUAGGUGGUGCUUCUGGAAGUCAACUUUUGAUCUUGCAGCAUUUUGUACGAUGAAAACGUGUAUUCUUAUUGUGAUUUACUUGACGAUGGAGUCGGUUGCACUGAAGCAGAUUGAUGAUCUAAACAAUCCCAAUCUUAAAAGGAAAAGGGGCCUCCUGCACCUGAUUAGCUUCACCAUCUCAGGCCUCUGGGUUGCAUAUACGAUGGCCAAAGGAAUUACCGUUCUUGUAACGCAGAGCUACAAAGAGAUGCACCUAACGUUCAAGAUUGUCUGUAUAUCUACCUUGGUCUUCAGCCUCAUUGAGUUCCCCUUUUGUGUUUUAAGUAACAGGUUCCUGAGAAGGUUGCAGAUCUUCCGUAUAGUGCAAAACAUGGAAGAAGUAAGGGACCAAGAAAGUAAAGCUGAUCUUGGGCGUCUAUUCUCACUGGUCAAGGAUGAGCUGUUGAUUUGUGUUGGUGGAAUGCUGGCACUUCUUGUCUCCAGUCUCUCUCAGAUCGUGGCUCCACUUUUCUUUGGCAAGGUCAUUGAUUCCGCCAUGGAUUCGAUGGAGGAUCUUGACAGAAUGAUCCUUAUCCUCUUUGGCAUAUACGUUGGUGGUGCUGUUUGUUCGUUUGUCCGUGCCUAUUUCUUUGUCCUUGCUGGUCACAGGCUGGUGGCCAGGCUGCGUAAGAAACUUUUUGGGAGCAUAAUACAGCAAGAGAUUGCAUUUUUUGAUGACAGCAGAACUGGUGAAUUAACAAACCGCUUGUCGGCUGAUACUCAGAUCAUUCAGAAUACCUUAACAGUAAACCUGUCCAUGUUACUGCGAUAUACAUUACAGAUAAUUGGAUCGAUCGUUCUCAUGUUUGUUGUAAGUCCGGCUUUGACUGGUGUACUCCUUGCCUCUGUCCCAGUUGUAGCCAUUGGAGGAGUGCUUUAUGGUGAAUCUGUGAAGAGAUUACGCAAAAGGUUCCAGGAUGAGCUUGCAGCUGUUGGCUCGACGGCAGAAGAGACCAUUUCCAACAUACGUACUGUGAGAACUUUCUGUAGUGAAAAGAAAUCUGAGGAACUGUACAGCAAAGGAAUAGAUAAGAGCUAUCAGAUUGGAAAAAAGUUAGCUCUGGCAGAAGGGUCCUUCAAUGGGCUGGUGCUGACAAUCUCACAGGGUGCUAUCGUGCUUGUGUUGUGGUACGGUUCGAAGCUCGUGUUUGAUGAAAGACAUGGAAAACCUGGGAUUUCCUUUGGUACUUUGGCAUCUUUUAUGGUUUAUUCGAUGAAUGUUGCUAUGGCAUUUGGAAUGUUGGCAUCUCUCUACGGUGACUUCAUGCAAGCUGUUGGUGCCUCUAUUCGUAUCUUUGAACUGUUGGAUCGCAAGCCAAAAAUCCCCUGUGUGGGUGGGAAUCGCCUUGAUUCCCUGGAAGGCCGACUCGAAUUCCAGAGCGUCAGUUUUACGUAUCCAACCAGACAGGCGUCCCGGGUUUUGAAGGAAUUGACUUUUGAAAUCGAACCGGGUAACGUGGUCGCACUGGUUGGUCCAUCUGGUGGAGGGAAGUCAACUAUAGUCAAUCUGAUAGAGAGAUUCUACGACCCAGACUCUGGAAGAAUAUUACUCGGAAGAUUCAAUCUACAAAGCUUGGAUCCUCAGUGGUUCCGGCAGAAGAUAUCGAUCGUUAGUCAGGAGCCUACGUUGUUUGCAACAUCUAUUAAGAAAAACAUAACAUAUGGAAGAGAUGCGAACAUGGAAGAGGUGAUUGAUGCAGCCAAGAAGGCAAAUGCUCACGAUUUCAUUCUGGCCUUUGAGAAUGGUUAUGACACUAUCGUAGGAGAGCGAGGAAUCCGUCUCUCGGGAGGCCAGAAGCAGAGGAUCGCUAUUGCCAGGGCUCUUAUCAUGGAUCCUGUGUUGCUGCUACUGGACGAGGCUACAAGUGCUCUGGAUGCUGAAAGUGAACACUUAGUACAAGAGGCCAUUGAUCGGGUUAUGCAAGAAAGAACGGUUUUGGUAAUUGCACACAGGCUUUCAACUGUACGAAAUGCCUCCAAGGUGAUUGUUAUUGAUAAAGGAAGGAUAGUGGAAUCUGGCACCCAUCAAAGUCUUUUAGUAAAGGGCGGGAUUUACAAGAGAUUGGUUAUACACCAAUUGACUGCAAACACAGUGUCGCUUGGAGGAGAUUAUUUCCAAGAAGAUGAUUCAUCAAAUGGAACACAUGUGGAAGAGGCCUCAAACUGUGAGAGAGAAUAUUGGAGCAAUGCAGAUAUUAAUAUGGAAAAACAGCAAAAUGGUUAAGUUGUUUUACAUUAAUCAAUUAUAAGCAUUGAUGUGAUGAUCACCAUUUGUAUGUGUCAAAUGCUAUUGAACAUUUGGAGCUCAUUUGUCUGUAAAAGUAUAAUCUUACAGUUCUUUAUCUUAAAACAAAAGUCCAGAAGUUUGUCGUUACAUGCUCUUGACUGUUGGAUUUGCAAAUUAAGUGAAAAGCAAAUGACUGUCCCAUUGAGAUCAUAUUCCAGUAAGGUCUUGUAUACGUGACACUCGUACUUAAUUCCACUGGUACAUUGCAGCAAGAGAACAAGAUAGAAAACUUGUGGAACUCAAAUUCACAUCAAACUGCCUCAUGUAAAGCAUGUUUUGUUCUUUCGUCAGUGAUAAUUUAGAAGUGUUAACCAUGUGUAAAUAACCUAGGCCCUCAUCGUUAUAUUUAUGAUUAUAUUUAUUUUGAGUACAAGAGUAAGGGAAGCAACAAUAGUUACGCUACUGUUGUUGCGAUGCUUGACAUUGGCUCCACCGAACUUGCGAGCACUUCUACUAAACGUUUUUUAAUUGCAUCUUGUUGUUUAGCAGGAUAUUUACAGGCUAGAAGGUAAUACUAGUCUUAAAACACACUUUAUUUUUCUGCCCAUUUGUUUUGACUUAUUUCUCCAACCUCCUCAUCCGACUCCCCGACUUGGGCACCAAUCCACAGUGGCUAAACUAACACACACAGGAAACUUUUACCAUUAAUGUCAACAACCUAAUUGUGGAGGGUCUCGUCGGGAAACAUGCACAGUUCCUGUCGGCUUCACUGAAUUGAGAGGAUAGAUUUGCUUUCCUACUCCCAACUGCCCUCCCUUCCCACCCCUUACCCAUCACAGUUUCCCCCACAUUGUUUCAAAUGAGAUAAACAAUCACUACACACCAACCAAGUCACAAUAUAAGCAUGAAACAUUCCAUGAUCAAACCGAUCCGCGCAACUCAGCCACAUUUUCAUCAUAACUUUGUCGUUUUUUACUCGUACUUUUAGUUUCUCAAUUAAAAGUUGUUUGGGCUAGUUAAAGACGGUAAUUAUUUAGAAAAAUAUAUAUUUAAAAAGAACAUAGCAGCAACUGCUUUUUAUUUUAUUAAAUUGUCCCUUUUAAACCAGUAAAAAGGAAUUGCAGAAUAAAUGAUAUCUGAAUGAAUGUUCAUAUUUAUUUGUCAUCUCUUUGCUAAUUUUGCUUCUUAGCCAGAUUGCACUCCGUUUUAGUGACGUUUUCUUCUGAUUAUAUGCUGAUUAGAUACCCUGGCUUUCUCAGUAAUAAGAUUAUAUGUCUCAUCAUGACUGAUAACUUAUUUUGUCUUAAUUUAUGUUUACAUCAAGAGAAUUUUAAAAGUUUUGUGGUGACUAUUGAGUAGAAUUAUUGGAUGUGCACUUUAUAAAAAUAAUACAGAAUUGUACUUGCUGUUAAUUAAGUUGGUCGGGUGCAAGUUUUAAAUGUCAGUAUUUGAAAUUGAUCUUCAGUAACGAGGAGCAAACAGAAUUUGUUCAAAUUGAGUUUAUAAAAUAGCUGCAUAGUUCUUUGACAAUGCAUUACAAGUUUUAAUUUAUUGGCACAAGAAUUAUAAAGGAGUGUAUCACUAAAUUAAUACGAUUAAAAAUAAGUAAACAAUGUCAAUGUGCAACAUUUAAGGGAAAUCAAUUGUUGUAUAGGAAUUUUAUGGAACUGUGGUGAUGAUAUAGUAUCUAUUUUGAAAAAAAGUUGUGAAAUUGUGUAAAUAUGUGUAUCACUUUUUACAUACAUUCGUGGCAUAUAUGAUGCAAGGUUCAUCGUUCCACAGCAUCUGAGAAUUUUCAAGCCCUCUUCUGGCUCUUUUAAUGUGGAUAUUACCACAGUUUAUCAAGCUCAGAAAAAAUGUACAUUCUUUGCCACACCAUGGCUCGAGUAAUCCCCAUCUUAACUGCCCUCGUAAAGCCGACCAUCUUUCUCCAAAGCAUCGAAGGACGAUAGGAAGGAACAUCAUUUGUCAUGGGAAUUACAGAUGUUAGUGUUUAGUAACAAAUUACAAGACUGCCAAAUUUAUCCUGUCUAACUGCUGUGAUUUAUAGAUACUAUUAAACUAGAAGGAUGCAUUUUGAGAAAUGUUGCCUAAUGUCCUGCAGGUUCUUCAUUCUGGCUUCUCCCUUCGUUAGAUAAUAAAAACCAGUAACGUUUUAACAUACAGCAGGUUUGCCGCUAUUUAAACUUCCAGGCCCUGCUUAAGUAAAUAUCCACUAUAUUUAUCUGACCUUACAAACAGGGACAGAUAAAUUACAGUUUUUUUGCACCAAAUUGAAAAAAAAAAUAUUGCUUGCAAACCAAUCUAUUCUUGUGCAGAUCACAAUAAAUCUUUCUUUAGAUUCAGGAAUGGUGCAUUAUUGAAUAUAUUUAGCAGGCUGAAUGAUCUUUUACACUUGCAAACUGAACCCAGUAAUUAUAUUUGUUUUCCAAGAAAAUUGCAUCUGUAAACAUUUUACUGUGUUGCAUUAUGCAGAUUUUAAAUUUAUUUACGCUUACAGUGCCUAUUACACACAAUGUUGUAGCAUUAAUAAUUAUUAGAGGAUGUUUCACUUGAGUCAUUUUAGUGGAUUGUUCAUAAUUAUUUUCAACUGCAAGGAAGAAAUCCACUUUUUGUGAAUUCAACAACCCAAGUGGCUGAAUAAUUACUAAGCUGUAAUUAUUAAAGUUUGGCUAUGAGCCUGAAUGAUCUCUUAUAUGUUCUAAAGCCAAGUCAACUGUACAGCUUUGUAUACCAUAAAUGCCAACAGUUCUUUGGUGUAUUUGUAUUCACAAACAUGUACUAUUUAAUUUGUAUGAUGCACUUUGAGCCAUAUUUCUAACUACUGAGAUUCAUAUCAAAGUUUAUUUUUCAGAUUUAUGAUAAUGUGACAGUACCAUUAUUAAUGAAAGUGCAAUGGAUAAAAUGUUAGCUGUAUUCUGUUACAAAUUAAAUGUCACAUGAGAUGUGCCAACUACAAUAUGUGCGGUAUGUCAAUCGAAGAUUUUGGAAGAAUAAAGUUGUUCACACCA